AGAGGCGACCGCGGUGCGCCAAGGUUAAGGUGCCGUGAUCCGGCCGAUAUCCUUCGCCGUGCGCGCUGAUAAAAUCCUAGCUGGACGAAUAAAAUGCACGCUCGAUCGAAAGGGAACACCGGUCGGCGAUUGGCUAACGUUAACACGCACGACACAACAUGCCACGUGUAUAUAAUUCGAUCUUUGCCAUUGUAGGCUAGUCACCUGCUAAGUUUCUAAGUGCCGUGCGAGUUGCUGUGCCCGCGAACGGCGACAUGCUGCUCACCAAGAUCACCCUGUUAUUUGGACUCGCGACGUUGUUAAAAUUAUCAGCAGCCGCACCGGACAGCGCAGGGAUCGUAGAAAUGGUGAAUGGAUUGGCGUAUGGUGGGAUCCCGUACGGAAGUGUGAGCGGCAUGCUGGCCAAGUACCCGGGUUACGGCCAGGACUACGGUCCUCAUCAGGCCAGACAGUUGGGCACCUUCGGCGAGCGCCUGGUGAUCGUCACGCCGAAUCUGCGCGCGAGCCGACCUCUGAGCAUCGCGCCUCGACCUGUGCAGAUUUACAAUCUGCCCGCAGUCGUUGCCCCCGGCGUCGUCGGCACGAUCAGCCAGAUCGGCUAUUAGCCCGCUGGAUGGACCUCUGCGCCGGAAGGCAACGUGUCUCGUCGUAGUCAUCGAACGCUGUGGUCAUCCGACAGAGGUAUCCUGCGUCCCCUCUCGCCAUUCGCGAAGAAGAGGACAAGAACACCUGCAUCCCGCGCAAUCCAGCCGGCGACAAUCGCGAGAAGUAUCGCUGGAUGAAGUUCUUAUAUAUUCCCGCCGCUACGUCGAGUCGCGCGUGAGCGAGCACCAGGCUGAGGUGCGCGACAGCUCCUUCGCGUAAAUUACCUGUAAUUGCCAACGAUAACGCUCGUUACUUGGGAAUUAUUCUCUCUCUUUCUUGAGUUUCAGUCGAGGUAUCUUCGAGGCGACGCUACGCGCGCGCUCCGACGUCGUCCUGUAUUUAUGUGCCACUCAUUCAUUCAUUGCCAUAUUUUUCUAGUACACUGUAAGGCUCGCGGCUUUGUAAAGGUAGAUGAAUAUACACAUAUACCUAACGAAACGUCGUUGCGUUUUAUUAAUGCCACUCGUCGAUGCGAUCAUUUGUAAGUUUUACACGCGGAAAUUGCGCGUCGAUACCUACCACGAGUGUCUCAGAUAUUGUUUUGAUAUUCGAGACUGGCGUGACGCGCAACAAGGUUUGUUUUGAAUUAUAGAAUUAAAGCUUUACAGAUACGUCAUCAAGGAGAAAUUCUGAAGCAUUAAGAAAAUUUAUAAAAAA